CCCGAAGAUGGUUGCAAGCCCGAGUCCCAACACACCUCUCUUUCUCUCUACCAGUCUCCGUCUCCACUUCUCCCUGGUAGGCCGAGACACUCGACGCGUGCACAUGGACAGGUUGGCAUCCUGCUUCAUCCAGCACGGAGCACCAUCCCAAAGCUUCAAGCUCUACAGUCUUCAAAGACGACCAUCCACUUCGCUGCUCAGGCGAUCCGUUCCCAUCGUCCGGUGCGCCGCGGCCCAUGCUUCCACUGCCGCCAAAGCCACGAGCGUCGACGUCGUCAAUGGCAGCGGCAACGGCGGCGGCGGCGGCGGCUUCGACUUCGAGACCUACCUGUCGGCCAAGGCCAAGGCCGUGCACGACGCGCUGGACGUCGCCCUGCGGGACCUGCGGUGCCCCGCGUCCCUGAGCGCGUCCAUGCGCUACUCCGUCCUGGCGGGCGGCAAGCGCCUCCGCCCCGCGCUGGCCAUCGCCGCGUGCGAGCUCGCGGGCGGGCUGGCGGCCGCGGCGACCCCCGUGGCCUGCGCCGUCGAGAUGAUCCACACCGCGUCGCUCAUCCACGACGACAUGCCGUGCAUGGACGACGGCGCGCUCCGGCGCGGGCGGCCCUCGAACCACGUCGCCUUCGGCGAGCCCACGGCGCUGCUGGCGGGGGACGCGCUCCUGGCGCUCGCGUUCGAGCACGUGGCCCGGGGCAGCGCAGCCGCCGGCGUCCCCGCGGACCGCGCCCUCCGCGCCGUCAUGGAGCUGGGCAGCGCGGCGGGCGUGGGCGGCGUCGCGGCAGGGCAGGUCGCGGACAUGGAGGCCGAGGGGGACCCCUCCGUGGGCCUGGCGGCGCUGGAGUACAUCCACGUGCACAAGGCGGCGCGGCUGGUGGAGGCCGCGGCGGUGUCGGGCGCCAUCGUCGGGGGAGCCGGGGACGCCGAGGCCGAGCGCGUCCGCCGGUACGCGCACUUCCUGGGCCUCCUGAGCCAGGUGGUGGACGACGUGCUGGACGUGACGGGCACGUCGGAGCAGCUCGGGAAGACGGUCGGCAAGGACGCGGCCGCCGGGAAGGCCACGUACCCGCGGCUGCUGGGCCUGGAGGGCGCGCACGCGUACGCGGGCGAGCUCGUCGCCAAGGCCGAGGCGGAGCUCGACGGGUUCGACGCCGCCGGCGCCGCGCCGCUACGGCACCUCGCUCGGUUCAUGGCGUACCGACAGCACUGAAGACUGAACGUGACGCGUUCGUUGACGACCUCGCUGAAGCGACGAGCGAGGCAGUUGUGGGCUUCUGUCAGAUCGAGUGCCUUUGCCAGCCCAAAGGCUAUAUGGGCUUUCAAGUGGGCUGUAGUUUUAGCCCAUACCUUCCAGCCCAAUCCAGUUAGCGGCCUACUAAAUUUGAGUUCGUUUCCGGCUCGUCACGGACCGGAGCUGUAGUGGGCUCCGGACUGUGGAGGGCUAUGGGCUUUCUGCUGAAGCUUUUUGUAAGUGCCAGUUCGUUGUUCCGUCACGAGUAAACGGUUGCGCUCCCACGAGCACAAAGAUUCUUCGUCCA